AAAAACCUGCAGUGAGAAGGACAAAGACUUUCCUCGUCAGUCAGACAGUCAGACAGACGGACAGUCAGACGAUCUCCGGCCUCUCGGAUCAGAACCUCUCAGUCAGGAUGUCUAUUACCAAGAUUCAUGCUCGUGAGAUUCUGGAUUCCAGAGGAAACCCCACAGUGGAGGUGGAUUUGUGGACAGCCAAAGGUCUCUUUAGAGCUGCUGUCCCCAGUGGGGCAUCCACCGGAGUCCAUGAGGCACUGGAGCUCCGUGACGGAGACAAGAGCCGUUACUUGGGCAAAGGAACCAUAAAGGCUGUGGAGCACGUCAACAAGGAGAUCGCCCCCAAGCUGAUCGAGAAGAAAUUCAGCGUUGUUGAGCAGGAGAAGAUCGACAACUUCAUGCUGGAGUUGGACGGCACUGAGAACAAAUCUAAGUUCGGAGCUAAUGCCAUCUUGGGCGUGUCGUUGGCUGUCUGUAAGGCCGGAGCUGCAGAGAAGGGUGUUCCCCUCUACCGUCACAUCGCCGACCUUGCUGGACACAAAGAUGUCAUACUUCCUGUUCCUGCCUUCAACGUGAUCAAUGGUGGAAGUCAUGCUGGAAACAAGCUGGCCAUGCAGGAGUUCAUGAUUCUUCCUGUUGGAGCUGCAAACUUCCAUGAGGCCAUGAGGAUCGGAGCCGAGGUCUACCACAACCUGAAGAAUGUCAUCAAGGCCAAGUACGGCAAGGACGCCACCAACGUGGGAGACGAGGGUGGCUUCGCUCCUAACAUCCUGGAGAACAACGAGGCUCUGGAGCUGCUGAAGACCGCCAUCGAGAAGGCCGGUUACCCCGACAAGAUCAUCAUUGGCAUGGACGUCGCCGCCUCAGAGUUCUUUCGCAAUGGCAAGUACGACCUGGACUUCAAGUCCCCCGAUGAUCCAUCCAGACACAUCUCUGGAGAGCAGCUGGGAGACCUGUACCGUAGCUUCAUCAAGGGAUACCCUGUCCAGUCUAUUGAGGAUCCGUUUGACCAGGAUGACUGGGAGCACUGGGCCAAGUUUACCAACUCCGUGGACAUCCAGAUCGUAGGAGACGACCUGACGGUGACCAAUCCAAAGAGGAUCCAGCAGGCCGUGGAGAAGAAGGCCUGCAACUGUCUGCUGCUCAAAGUCAACCAGAUCGGCUCGGUCACCGAGUCCAUCCAGGCGUGUAAGCUGGCUCAGAGCAGUGGGUGGGGUGUGAUGGUCAGCCAUCGUUCUGGAGAGACUGAAGACACCUUCAUCUCUGACCUGGUGGUUGGACUCUGCACUGGACAGAUCAAGACUGGAGCCCCCUGCAGGUCAGAGCGUCUGGCCAAAUACAACCAGCUGAUGAGGAUCGAGGAGGAGCUCGGGGACAAAGCCAAGUUCGCCGGGAAAGACUUCCGCCACCCCAAGAUCAACUGAGGCCCAACCCUUCUCUCUGUUACCGUGGCUACUGACUGACACCUGAUGAUUCCUGAAACCACGCCCACUCCUCCAUACAGCAGAAAGUGGGAGGUCCCAGGUCACGAUGGGUUUUGGUCCCGCCUACCCAGCUGUAAUUCCAUGACUGAUGUUUUUCUACAAAUCAAAAAGUAAAUAAAGAGAGACACGUAAAAA